AUGGGUCCAAAAAGAAGAGUUGCUAAAGUUGCACAACCCCAAAUGGAAAAUACUCAGUUGGUUGAAGAAGGUUCUUCAGGACAGGCUGGUUCAGGGAAGGGAGAAAACCUCCACGCAGACCCGGACCGUCAGAAAACUGGUGGAUCUUUGGAUACUAAUGAUGAGGGUGAUAAUGAUGACGAUGAUCAUGGUGACGAUGAUAAUGCUGAAGGCGAAGGCAAUGAUGAUGGACAGUUAAGCGAAGUGGAAGAUCUUUCGGAUGAACAGGUCCAAGCUAUAGCUGAUGAGUUCAUUGAUCGGAAAACCUUGCUGUAUUUAGUUCAGAUUGUUAAUCUUAUGCAGAAAAAGCAACCUGAAGAUUAUUCACAUGCAUGGAUUGAUGCCCAAAAUUUGGAUUCAGUGACUAAGCUCGCUGACCAUAAGGAAAUGCCUAAAUAUAAUGGGACCAAUGACAAGAUGGCUUACAAAAUCUUGAAAGAAUUUAAGCAGUCAUUGAGAACGUUAUAUCCCCAGCAAAACACGAUUAAGGAAUUUUUAACAGUUCCACAAUUUAGAGUCUGUGUGUCAAUUCAUUUCGAGAAAGAGGGACUUAAAUUUAUCGAAGAUAAAUUGUUAGAAUUGGAAAGUAAUAAAGUCCAUGUUCCGGAAUUUCUUGAGAUGAAUUUUGAAGACAUCGCUAGGUUUACACCACCAAAGCAUGUAUUAGAUGCUUGCAAUAAGGCUGUGAAGCUGACUAAUGCUGAACUUAAGAGUUAUCAGAAAGUGAAUCAAGCUAAUAACAAUAAUAACAAUAAAAAGCGUUCACUGAGUACUCCUAAUGAUUCUAAGCUGGCCAAUAAGAAGUCUAAAACUGCUUGCUACACUUGCGGUAAGGAAGGUCAUCAAAAGGCUAAGUGUCCGUUCAAAAAAAGACUAGAGUCGAGGACGAAGGACGUUAAACUUAUUGUCAAUAAUGCUGCUAUGAAUUUAUCAAUGGAUGAUAGUAAUGUUCAGGGAGAAUUUAUUGAGGUUAAACUUGGUAAUUUACCUCCACACCCUGCAUUGUUAGAUUCAGGUAGUAUGGCUAAUUUUAUUCGACCAGAAUUAGUUAGUCAAGAUUUGGUACAGAGUUGUGAUCCUAUUGCAGUUACAGCUUUGGAUGGUACUUUCUUGAGAACUGUUACAGAAUAUGUGGAGUUAGAUUGGUUACCACUAUUCAAGAAUUUACGGUUUUAUGUAACUAAGUUAUGUAAUAUACCAGUGGUUCUCGGGAAGGAAGUAUCAGAUGAGUUUAGAAAGUUCCCUCCAUCGGUUAGAAAGUUAGAUUUCGACGAAUUUCAACAUUUAAAUAGUUCUUCUGUGUAUACACAAGAUGAUGAAGUAGUUUUAGCAAAUAUACGUUUACUUGAUUUAUCAGAGCAGUUACGCGAUAGUGUGACAGGUGAAGUAGUAGAAACUGAACCAGAAGAACUUAUUUUGGAACGAGAUUCGUACGAGCAACAAGAUGUGAAGGAUUUUCUUGCCAACAUUUUCGACAGGUAUCUGGCUAUUUUCAAUGAUUAUCCGGUAAUUCAUAACGAGAACAAUCAGUUUACUCAUACGAUUGAAUUGGCGUCUUUUGAGAAGUUUCCCAAUAGAGCUCCAUAUCCAAUGUCUGCAGAUAAAUUGAAGGAAAUUGAUUCUCAGGUUGAUGAUUUCAUUGAAAGAGGUCUUGUUGAGAAGAGUCCAGGUUCGAAGUUUGCAUCUCCAGUUAUUUUGGUUGAUAAACCAGAUGGAAGUAAGAGAUUAUGUGUGGAUUACAGAGAAGUCAACAAAAUUACAAAAGUUGAUAAGUUUCCAUUACCGCUAAUCGAAGACUUAAUCGGGGAGAUAAAUGAUGCUGAAUAUUUUUCUAAGUUAGACUUAUCACUGGGAUAUCACCAGGUGAAUAUGGCUAAAGAAGAUAGGCACAUUACAGCUUUCAGAACACACAAAGGACUUUAUCAAUGGUGUGUAAUGCCAUUUGGGUUGAUGAAUGCUCCAGCUACAUUUCAAAGAGCUAUGAAUGAGAUAUUUGAGAAAUAUUUAGGUAAAUUUGUUACUGUUUACUUAGAUGAUAUUCUUAUUUAUAGUAAGACAAAAGGUGAUCAUAAAGAACAUAUCAAAAUUGUGUUCGAUUUGCUUGAAAAGCAUGGUCUAGUGGCUAAAAGGAAAAAAUGUCAAUUCUUUAAAAGGAAAAUUCAGUAUUUAGGACAUAUCAUUCUGAAAGGUCGUGUUAGAAUUUCUCCUUCAAAGAUUGAUGCAGUCAGAGAAUGGCAGUUUCCUAAAACAAAGAGAGAAAUGAAAUCUGCUCUUGGUUUAGCUAGUUUUUGUCGGAAAGCAAUCAAAGGUUAUUCAAUCUUGGUUAAGCCUUUGAUGGAUUGGGCUGUGAGGAACAUCAGAGUUUCUAAGACAAUUUUGGUUGAGUCAUUUGAAAAGCUAAAGAAGACUUUGACUACAGCUCCAGUUUUAGUUACUCCAAGUCCUGAUGCAAUUUAUAAAGUAACCACUGAUGCUAGUGAUUAUUGUACCGGUGCUGUGAUUGAGAAAACCAAUAAUUUGGGUAAAUCAAUCGGAGUGGUAGCUUAUUUUUCAAAGGUUAUGAAUAAACAUGAAAGGAAUUAUCCUCCAAGGGAGAAAGAAUUUCUUGCGAUAAUUCGGGUACUUGAGAGACAUAAGAAUAUGUUAAUAGGUCAUAAAGUUAUCCUUAAUACGGACCAUGAAUCACUAAAGUACAUUUUAUCAAGACCAAAACCAUUAUCUGGUAAGAUGGCAAGAUGGUUAGACUUGUUAGCUGAAUUUGAUCUUCGUAUCAAUUACAUUCAGGGAUCGAAAAAUCAAGCUGAUGCUUUGACUCGACGUUAUCAAGAUUUCAUCCAGAUAAGAGCACUACAUUUUACAAUGCUUGGAGAAAAUCUUGGGGAAACGUUUUUCGAUGAAUGUAGGCAGGAUUACAAAACAGUCGAAAGGUCUAAGUUAAUUUAUGAAAUUUUAGCUGAGAAGAAAGUGAUUCCGAAUAUUUACAAACAGAAGUUUGCUAAGUUUUCAUAUAAGGAUGGUUUGCUUUAUCACCACGGUUAUGAUAAGUUAGGUCUAGGGAUUGAUAGAUUAUGGGUACCUUCAGCACAGUUGCAGCUUCGGGUAAUUAAUCAAUAUCAUUCUAAAGAACCCAACUUACAUCCAGGGUUAGUUCAAACGUUCAUGGAAAUUCAACAAUAUUUUUGGUGGCCGAAUAUGUAUGAACUGGUUCGUAGGUUCAUUCAACAUUGUCAUGUUUGUCAGACUACAAAACCUAGUACUCAGAAACAGUAUGGAUUAUUACAAUCAAUUCCCAUACCAACGAAACGAUGGCAGUCGAUUACAAUGGAUUUUAUUUCAGGUUUUCCUACAGUUGAUGGUAAGAAUCAAGUCUUAAUAGUAGUCGAUAGAUUUACGAAAAGAGCUCAUUUUAUUCCUUGUUCAAAGAAUAUAACUGCUAGUGAAUGUGCUGAAUUAAUUGUUAACGAGGUCAUUAAACAUCAUGGAGUACCAGAGGAAAUUAUUUCUGAUAGAGACAAGUUGUUCACAUCGAGGUUUUGGAAGGAUCUCUUUGCAAGUCUCCAACUGAAACUUAAAUAUUCUACACCAUAUCAUCCACAAACAGAUGGUCAAACUGAGAGAACAAAUAGGACUUUUAUUCAGUUGCUUAGAGCUUUUAGUGAUUUCAGAGAAAAUCUUUGGUUAGCAAAGUUACCUUUAUUAGAAUUUGCUUAUAAUUCUCAUUAUCACAAGUCAAUAAGGAUGUCUCCUUUUGAAGCUGAUUAUGGAUAUCAACCGACUCCACCAUCAUUUGAUAGUCGAUUGUAUGAAUUGAUUUUACCAAGUGAGAAAACUAUUAGUGCUCUACCACCAGAGAAUAAGGCUUAUUAUAUGCAAUACUUAAUUAAUCGGAUUUCAGAUAAUUUAGAACAAGCUCAGAAUGAACAAGAACAAAACUUCAAUAAACACCGUCGGGAACUAUUAUUAGAACCAGGUGACAAGGUGUUACUUCACAGAAAUGCGAAGGUUUUUGGUUACAAUUUCAAAUUUACCAAACAACAAAAUCUUUACUUUGGUCCAUACACGGUUAUCAAGAAAGCUCCAAUUGUUAAUAAUGCUUACGAGUUAGAUUUAGGUCCACGUAAUGUUGGUAGAAUGCAAAAUGUUAAGAACAUGAAACCAUAUCAUGAAUCACUUACUGGUGACAAAAGACAUCCUCCAACGGAUCUACAAGGUUUAGUACAAGCUGCUCGUUCAGAUAACAUCGUGGGAAUCAAAGGAUUGGAUAUUCUUAAUCGUUUAGUUGCUAUUACGUUUAAGGAUUGUGAACCGUUUCAUGCAGGGAUUUAUUCACUUGCGGAUGUGAGACAAGCAUUGGUGCCAGAACAAUUUGAAACUUUUCUUCAGGAGUACACGAAUCAAAUCCAAACAGGAACAGAAGAAUAUGAUGCAAUUCAAGAGUUAGUUACAACUAAUUAG